AUGUAUGAAGUUUAUUUUUUAAACGAAAACGAAAAUUUUGAAAAAAAAAAAAAAAAUGAUGAUGAAAUAAAGAGUUCAUUAAUUCUUAAAAAUCACUGUGUUGAUUCGGAAAAAAAAGCAAAGUUAGUAAAACAAAACAUAUAUGAAGGAGGAUAUACAAUAUGGGAAUGCACAUGGGAUAUGUUAAAAUUUCUACACUUUGAAAAAUUUGAUUUUAAAAAUAAGAAUGUUUUAGAAUUGGGUUGUGGACAUGGUUUAGUUGGGAUAAAAAUUUUAUUAGAUAAAGGAAAUGUAGUUUUUCAGGAGUUAAAUAAGGAUGUGAUUAAUGAUAUUUUAUUACCUAAUAUUAAAAAAAAUUUGAAUAUAAAAUUAAAAAGAGAAAAACUAAAAAAGAAGAAAAAUUUUAUGAAAAUAAAAAAUAAAGGUACAAAAUGUUUUAUUAUUAAUAAGAAAUGGAGUAAGUUGAAUAAAAAAUUAAAGAAGGAAAAUUUAAACUCCUUUGAUUUCAUUUUAGGAAAUGAAAUAUUAUAUAGAAAAGAAAAUUAUUAUCAUAUUUUAAAAAUUUUGAAAAAAAAUUUAAAAAGAGAUGGUAAAGCUUAUUUUGGUUCUAAAUCAUAUUAUUUCGGUUUUGAAGAUGGAGCAGGUUCAAAUUGUUUUGUUGAUUAUGUCAAUAAUAACAAAAAAUUUUUUUUUGUUGCACGAAUAAUUCAAACUAACACAAAUAAAACAAUAUAUUCAAGGGACAUCAUAGAAGUCACCUUCAAAAGUUGUUAG